AUGUCAGCCACUGCAACACGGCAUGUUAAAGCCUCUAAUUCUGCUAACAUCCUGAUGUGCAAACAAUGGUGGAAAGUGUGUUGGAUGUAUGGCGACCAAGAAAAAUACUAUCGACAGCUCUACGGAAAAAAGAAACUCAACAAUAUAAACACGAACUUUCUCAAUUUCGACAAUACAGACGUUAAAAGACCUGGAGCCCAAAUAACUGAACUCACAGAUGAUUUUUUCGAUGAUAAUUGCUCUCAAAUAGAACCAGCACCAGACGAAGAGGCACAUAAAGUAGAAGAAAACUUCGGUGCCGAAACUGAAACUACAUACGGCUUUGAUUACCAAACGACGUGGCAGAAAGACCAAAGAAGACAACCAAUAAAACAGGGUUACGAGGAAUACAUUAACACGACUGAUUUAGACAAGAUUUUAAACUCGAGGCUCAGUGCAGAUAGUAUUAAGAGUAUGCUAGAAAACGGUCUACCUCAAACUAGAUCUACAAUAAUAGAUGCAAAAGAAGAAAUAGUGAGAAAUGGUAACACAGUUGGCAAAACUUGUAAAACUGUAUGUAGGACGAAGAAAGGUGCUUUGGUUACUGAGGAAACAGCGAUUUCUACGGAUGGGAGGACGUUGGCAAAUCUUAAGUUCCAAAGGUCUACUGUGAAAAUGGGACCUAAUAAAGUGAAGGAAGUUCUGCAGCCUCUAAAAGAGGACAAAGUGCUUGAUGAGUGUUAUAGGAAGAAGUGUAUUGGUGAUAAGCUGACGACGACGACUACAACUCUGGUGACGGUUACGCAGACUUUAAAUACGUCAUGUAAUGAGUAA